UAGAAAACAGAAAAUAUACUGAAAGACAUUAAAGAAUAAUUAAAUUAAUGGAAAGAUAGCAUGUUCACAUUUGAAGAUUUGAAGACUCACAUUAUAAAUAGGUCAAUUCACCUCAAUUGAUUUAAACACUAAAUGGAAUCUCAAUCAAAAUCAUAUAAAGGUUUGUGUACAGGUGUAAUUUGAAAAACUGAUUCUAAAAUUUACAUGGAAAGACAAAGUAUUAAAAGUAGUUGAAACACUUUUGAAAAACAAGGUGGAAGAAAUUAUUCUGCUGUACCAGAUAUCAAAACAUUAGAAAACUAGACUAUAUGAUAUUGAUUCUAGAAUACCUAAAAACACCAAAGGAACAAAAGAGAAAAUCCAGAAGAGCACCAAUCCAUAUACGAACACCUGAUAUAUAUGACAGAGGUAGCAAUACAGUAACACCACAGGGACAUUUUCAAUAUUUGGUGUUAUAAUAAAGGGCUAUCUAUAUGAGGAGAAAAAGAAACUGAAACCCCUUAUUUACACCAUAUACAUAAAUCAAUUCCAGGUGGAUUCAAGACUUAAACAUGAAAGACAAAAACAUAAAGCUUUUGUAAUAAAGAGCAAUAUAUUCCUGUACUCACAGUAGGGAAGGACUUAUUAACCAAAGCACAAAAAGCACUAAGUAUGAAGGAAAAAUUAGUACAUUUUAUUACAUAAAAAAUGAAUAACUUCUGUUCACCAAAAGAGGCCAUAAAGGUUGUGAAAUGAUAAACUACAGAAUAGGACAAGACAUUUUCAACAUAUAUAACCAACAAAGAACAAUUAUCUGCAAUAAUAAAAACACUUUUACAAAUUUAUAAGAAAAUGCACCUAAAAUUAGAUAAGAAAAUUGGAGAUAGAAUAUUCAGAAUGUAUAACCCCAACAGUUUCCUGGUUCCCUCCUCCCUGUAGGAAGGUAUAACAGUAAUCACUGAGAUCUGCUAUACCUUUUGGCUUUUGGGUUGAGCUAUUAUUUGAUACAUACCUUAAGUGACCUCUGAACCAAGACUACAUCUGGGCAAAGAUACAACAGAUGGAAAGACAUCCGGCAGUCAAUAGAUAUUUUCACAUUUACUAAAUGGGCAAAAUAUUUGAAUAGCCAUUUCACAAAGGAGGCUGUCCAAAUGGUCAAUAAAUGUGUAGAUGUGUGAGAAGGUACCCAACAUCAUUAGUUAUCAAGAAAAUGAAAUUAAAACCACAACAAAACAAACAAGUUUGGACUACUGAAAAAAUAUCCAUCCACAUCCUAAAAGAAAGACAGACACACACACACAUGCACGUGUACACACACACACACAUGAAGGCAGGAGAACUGAAGGCAGGGGAAUUGUUCUAAAGCAAACUAAAUGCAAUGCGUGCUCCCUGAUUGUAUCUUGGAUUUAAAACGGAGAAAUCUGAUCUUUCUUUCAUUGUCGAUAGCAUACAUGUAAACAUGAUGAACGUUCCUAAAACCUGCCAGAGUUUCUGUAAGAAAUGUGGCAAGCACCAACCCCACAAAGUGACACAGUACAAGAAGGGCAAGGAUUCUCUGUAUGCUCAGAAAAGCAGUGUGAUGAUAGGAAACAGUGGCUACAGUGGGCAGACUAAGCCGAUUUUCCGCAAAAAGGCUAAAACUACAAAGAAGAUUGUGCUGAGGCUUGAGUGUGUGGAGCCCAAUUGCAGAUCUAAGAGAAUGCUGGCUAUUAAGAAAUGCAAGUAUUUUGAACUGGGUGGAGAUAAGAAGAGAAAGGGCCAAGUGAUCCAGUUCUAAGUGUCUUUUAUUAUGAAGACAAUAAAAUCUUGAGGUUAUGUUAA